AUGAAAGAAAUCAAGCAGAGCAAACGAAAGACUUACUAUCAGACAGUUAUGCGACGACUUGUCAGAAGAUACAUACACCAAUCAAAGAAAACAAUGCGACAAGAUGGUGUGAAUGAAGAUGAUCUCUUAGAAAUAAAACAGGAUAUAUCCAGUUUAAGAUUUGAAUUACGCGAAGAUAGAAAACGUGAAAUUGUCCGCGCUGUAUGCCAGCUGGAAACUUUAAAACAAGAACUUGUUGAUGAGUUGGGUAAACAGAGUACAAUUUUACAAAAUGCUACAAUACACCCACAAACAUCACCAACAACAAUGCCAACAACAUCAACAUUACAAACAUCAAUGACAACAUCAUCAUAUCCUAGAGACGAGUUAACCGAUUAUCGAAGGAAACUUUACAAAACAAAACCAUCAAUACCAACCUCGGUAAUAGACUCAAGUGAACAGGGAAAUAUACACUAUAGUACAACAAAUAUUAACACAGGUCAAAAACAACAACAACCCCACCAUCACCACCUUCAGUCGACAUCAAGUGAUUCAAAGAUUAAAGAAGGCGGUCGAAAGAAAUAUUCAUUAAAUUAUGAUAAAGAAUCAAAAGAUAUUUAUAAAGAUCUUAUGCAGUUGGCAUCCAUCAAUGAUAUACCAAUUGAUGUAUUGAAAUUAAAUGAACGCAAUAAUAGAAUAGCUACAAAAGGUUUAUAUAUUGAUGAUUGGAAUCAAUUUAAAAAUGAAAUGAAAAAUGAACUGAAAGAAGAAUUAUCUGCACUACUUAAUAAUAGAUCAGUAGUAUUAGAUAACCAACAGUUAAAUAAUAACACUAGUAAUAGUAAUAAUAGCAGUUAUCAGAAUAUAUCUUCGACACCAAGUGAAAAUCGAUCAAAUAUCAUUCAAUCUACAAAUCAGACGAAAUAUUCUAGUAGAAAAACGUCAGAUAUUGUGAACACUACUCACUCGAGUAAUAUAUUACGUAAGUAUUCAAAACAAAGUGAUUCCAGUGUUAAUCCUAAUAAUAAUAAUAAUAGAGUGAAUAUUAAUGAUCGUUUAAAAUUACUACACACAAGAUAUUCGGAGAAUGUAAUUAUUGAUCUGGCGUCAUCGACACCAGUGACAGGUGUAUCCGGUUGUUCGACAUCAGUGCUACCGGCAUUAAAGACAACAGAAGGUAUAGUAGCAUCAACUCCUCCAGCGGAUACAAUGAUGUCAUCAUCAUCAACAUCAGGAUUACAUGAUAAAUUUACAUCAUCAAAACAUGAAAAUAGAAUGAUGAAAAGUAUAAUGAAUACAUCGACUCGAUCUACUGUUUUGAGUGGUGGUAAUGGUAGUAGUAGUGGUAGUGGGAGUAUGAAUAGUAAGUCAAGAAGACAAAUAAUUGAUUUGGUGAGUAAUGAACAAAAAAACGUAAAUACAUCUGAAAAUUAUGCAACAUCCUCUGAAGAUGUUGAUAAAAGUUGACUCAAAUCUAUGAGACAGAAAAAGAGAAGGAAAUUCAUGAUAGAGGAGAACUACUGAACUAUUACUUUCUUCGUUUCUUCCUUCCAUUCUUCCUCCCUUCAAUGUAUUGUUUUUUACUUAUUAGAAGUACUUUGGGUUGGUUUGACCCUUUUUGGUUUUCUCCUUGACUGGCAAUAAUGUCAGUCACUCACUCACGUACUCAUUGAGUUAUCCAAGGUGAUGGAUGUUUCAAAAUAAAACAUUUAUAUACAUAUACACAUACAUAAGUUACCUUUCUAAACAGUACUACUGUGACUCCCAUCGAUGAUCGCAUGUACACUAAACAUUGUUAUUACUAUUACUAUUAUUAGUAUUAUUCACAACUUUUAAAUGUAAAAACCAAACAAACAAAUGCAUAGUAAUUAAUACAAAGAAAACCCCUUUUCUUUUUGUUUGUUUUUUCCUCCCCUGUAAAAU